AACAAUACUCUCUAUAAUGUAAAUAGUGUAUAUAAACAUAUACAUGAUGAUCAAUGUGAACAAAACCUCAAUGCCCUGUUUUCAGUUUAAGUUUGACUUUAUACAAUCUGGUCCCUUUUGGGUUGGAUAGACUCGUGCGCUCGUGGCAGUAGCACAAAUCCGCUCGUAACUCCAAACUCCUUUCCACAUCAGCCGGCCUUCCUUCUCCAUGCUUCUGCUGGCUUGGUUCCCCGUGACGACUUGCCAGCCGCGCUAGAUACACACUCUUCAUCACCCGGAGUCCCGGACGGACGCACACGCAUCGCUUGCUUGUCGUUCUCCACUCCUCUUCCCCCGCUGCUCGCCUCUCGAUUCCGCCUCAUCGCGUCCGCGAACUCCAUGUCCACUGCGACCGCGACCCUGGCCGCCGCGCGAUCCCCGGCUGUCGCGCUUCUCAGCCUGCGCCGCCGCGCACCCGCGGCUGCCCCCAUUCGCUUCCCCGGUCUCCGCGUCGGCUCUGGUUGCCGUCACAUAGCUAUGGCUUCCGCGGCGCACUCCCGCGCCCCCACCGACCCGCUUCCCAAGGGUGCUGAUUUAUUUUUCCGGGCAGUAAUCUCGAACAUGGAAAAGGUUUAUUUGAGCAGGAAUCCUACAGCCAAAACCAUUCUGGAGCUUGUACGAUCUUAUGAUGGUGAUCACAUUUGCUAUGAUCACUUUGCUUUCCGGACAUUUGGGGUCAAUGGUUAUGGUAUAAACUCACUUUCUGAUUUUUUCACUGAUUUUGGUUAUUUACCUCGCGAAGAACUCAGAUUUCCAGCUAAAAAGCUUAGGGCACUAUGGUUUUCCCCGCCCACUAAUGAUGGCUACUCUGGAACUGGUACAUAUGGACCUUUGCCAAGGAUAUUCAUUUCAGAACUUCUUGUGGAUGAGUUGACUACUCAAAGCCAGGAAAUUAUACAUAAAUACAUUAAAACUUCUGGCAAUGGAAAUAAUCAUGCUGCUAUUGCAAGUACAUCUGGGGAGCUAACAUGGGAGAAGCCCAUUUAUUCAGAUUUCCAGAUUUUGUCUAGGGAAAGUGAAUAUGCUGCAUGGACUCUUGUUAAUGGCUAUGCACUAAAUCAUGCCACAAUUGCCACCCAUCGCCUAGAAUCAGAUAUCAGAAGUAUUAAUAAGUUCAACAAAUUUGUGGAGGACAAUGGCUUCAAGUUAAAUUCAGAAGGAGGGAUUCUGAAAGGCCUGCUGCACCAGAUCAUUAUUGUCCUUCAGUACGAGUUCGUCAUGAAGGGUCCUCUUCAUCAUUUUUUGGGGAUUGUUGUUGUGCGUCUCCUAGAUGGCUUGUUUCUUCAGCAACGCCAAUACACCCCGGAUAUCCUACAGUGCGCUGUCAUGCUGGGUUGCAAGCGAUGUGCGACACCGGUGGACAUGCAGGCCAAGGUCUAUCUUUACAUGCAUGAUCUCUGGAAGCCGCACCUGAGCGCGGUCAAGUGGAUCCUUUGGUACCUUCCGGUGAGUCCUGAUGGUCUCCUUCAACAAAGUUCAACAGUAGCUGACUCAUCAUUGUUUACGUUUGCUGAUGGAAUAACUGAAUCUAUUCCUCGAUCAUACAUUGAAUUUGCUGAACGUCUCCUGUUACCACAGUUCAAAGAUUUACAAGAUGAAGAGGUGAAAGAAUACCACAGGCGUGAUGGUUUUGAGGUGGGCAAUGCGGACAAGAUAUUCGAAAGUACAUCGAAGGAUCAGCUGACGCGGAGAUCUGCAUGAACAGUGAACUCUAGAUCUGCAUAUGACCCCGUGAACUCUCUAGAUCUGCAAACAACCCAGUGUGCCUCUUGGAAGUGUGUUGGUGACUGUGAAAUGAUUGUACCUACUUGGGUGAAAUAAAGCAUGGGAGUCAAUAAAAAGUAACUGUUUCUUUAUUCUACAUCUGUUGAAUCCAAAGAGAGAAUUAGUUACUGUUUCC